CCAAAUAGAAGAGUUCAUAACAAGGAUGAUCUAAUUAUUAUCCUGAUGUCGUAUUUAUCAUUAAAUGCCUAUGUGCACCUAUAGUAGGAUAAAUUCAUAUUUAUACAACGUAGCACUUACAACAACCAAAACACUUAUGAGAAGAAUGGAGAUUACAAAAUGCCUUAUUCAAAAUAAUAUACUGAUGUGAUAUGUCGAUUAAAUUGAUUUACUCAUAGUGCAAAAUAAAAGCAGUUUGAUAUAAGAAUUUGCGUACACACGGCAACAGUGGCUCCUAUGAGAUUUUGGGGUAGAUUGGCAGAUUGUGGUAAUGUGGUAAUUUGUUUCUCCAUUGCAGUUAAAGAGUGAUUACGUUUAGGUGAACGUAUUUUGUGACAUUAGUAAAACUGAAUGUUAAUUUCUUUAGUUGAAUUGUUCAGGAUGUCAUCCCCUAGUGCUGGAAAACGUCGGAUGGACACAGAUGUUAUAAAACUUAUUGAAAGUAAACAUGAAGUCACUAUUCUAGGUGGAUUAAAUGAAUUUUGUGUGAAGUUUUAUGGGCCACGAGGGACUCCUUAUGAAGGAGGAGUAUGGAAAGUUCGAGUCCAUUUACCAGAACAUUAUCCCUUCAAAUCGCCCAGUAUAGGUUUUAUGAAUCGUGUUUAUCACCCAAACAUAGAUGAAGUAUCAGGAACUGUAUGCCUUGAUGUUAUAAACCAAGCGUGGACAGCUCUCUAUGACUUAUCAAAUAUAUUUGAGUCAUUUUUACCUCAGCUUCUUACAUAUCCUAAUCCAAUUGAUCCCCUUAAUGGUGAUGCAGCUGCCAUGUAUCUUCACAAGCCAGAAGAAUAUAAGAAAAAAGUUUCAGAAUACGUGAAAAAAUACGCAACGGAAGAAGCAUUGCGGGGCCAAGAAAAUAAUGUAAGUUCAGAAAGUGAGUCGAGUAUGUCAGAUUUUUCAGAAAAUGAAGCAGAAGAUAUGGAGUUAUAACGCAGGGUGUUUAUUAAAAUUUACACUCGCUCAAUCUCAUUUUGUACAACUUUUGCUUGAUUUUUAGUCAGAACUAUUUCAUAUUAAUUCAUUUUAAUAGAUACACGUAAUGUGAUGUGCUUAAAGGAUUACUCUUAGUUUUUACGAGUUAAUAUUAUUAUUGUAUAUAGUUUAUUUUUUGUUGUGUGAAAUAUUUAAAAGUUACAAAAGCCUUAUGUUUAAGAGCAUUAAAUGUCUCAUUCUAAUUCUAGUUCUAACAUCUUAAUGUUAUAAUGAUAAUGUGUUCUGUCAGUAAGUGAAGAUAGAAAGUUUCAUUUUAAUUAAAAGCAAAGAAAUGUCUGCCAUGUUCUCUAAGCAAUGGAGAACUUUUUGCUUUAGAUCGUGAUGCAGUACCUAAAUGCAUUAAGAAAUCAUAUUUUAAAAGAUCCAUACACUGUAUUAUUUGAAAAUUAUAUAUAUUUUCUUUUAAUAUAAACAUUUAGAACUAGUUUUUGGUAAAAGCUACUAUUAUUAUCGACAAAUAACUGAAUUAAUUACAAUGAAUGCGGUUAUGAUUAUUACUCGCUGUUUUUAAUUAGCAAUAAAAAUACUUCUUUGACUAACACGAAAAGUAAUUGUUUUAUAGAUAAAUUGCGUUAACGGUAAUUAUCGUUAAUCGAUGUAUCGAUUAGAUUGAGCGGGAGAGAGAAAAAGUUAUGAAGUAUACUCCUCGAAACGAAUUUUCAAUUGCUUGUGAGGAUCUAGAUAGUGAUCGAAGGAGAGUUUUCCGAUAUUUUAUUGAUUUUAUUUCUAUUAAUUUUUUUGCAAUAUUUGUUAUACAUAUAUUUUUAAAUGUGUUAGACAAAGAAGUUUAGUUUAUUAGUUGAGAUAUUAAGAAAUAAUGAUUUUUUGUUAUUACCUAGAAAUAAAAAAUACAAUGUUUCAGUUGAAAUAUUGAGAAUUAAGAUGGAAAAUGCUUUUAAAUAUAUAAAUAUUUAAAAAUGUGUUUACAAUCAUUAAUGUAAUUCUACUAGUUAUAUGAAAUGUCUCUGUAUAUACAAAUUUGCUAAUGUAAGAUGAUAUAUUUUUUGCAGUAAUACCUUUGCCAAGAAUUACUUUAAGUCAUUUUUGUUUAAUUUUACACUUUGUUAUUAUUUUACUAAUUUUAAGUAAGCAAAUUUCCUGGGCCAACAAGAGGAAGUAGUGUUUAUUAAUUUCUUUUUACAUAGCUCGAAAUUAAUUAAUAAUAUUGUAUACUUAUUAUGGCAAAAAAUCUUAUUGUGUCUUACUGAAAGUAAAAUACAAAAAAGUAAACACCAACAUAAUAAAUAUCAUUUCGCAAAUUGCUUUGUUAUUUAAAAAAUUAAUCUUACUAAAAGUAUUAAGUUUGAUACCAUUUAUUAAUUUAAGAUCGGUUGUUUUAUCUUCUAGUUUGUCAUAAUUAAACAUGAAACGCUUAUAAAUUGCAACUAUUAUGAACGAGAGAUAGUCAAUAAUUAGUUGGCGUAAUUAUUAUUUUAUAAACGAUAAAGGUUAGUGCUGAAGUAGUUAUAAUUAAGUACCUUAAUAGAGUUAAUUAAUUGCGUUUAAUUUCUUUCAUAUUUUGCCCAUAUUUAUUCUUAAGUUGUAAUUUAUUGACUAUCUUUUCUAACAUAAAUAUUGUAUCACUGAUUGGUGUAAAACAAAUGAUCAAACAAAAGAGAAAACCAAAAAGUAACAGUAACAUUAAUAAUUACAGUAAAUAAUUUUUAGAAUUUGCAUUUUUAUAGUUUACGUUAUAGAUUUUUUUCAGCUAUGUAUUUGCAACUUCUUCUGGACACAUUUACUGUAUGCCUUAGAAUAACAUUCAGAAAAAUUUGUGAACAAAGUGAUAAUAUAAAUGUAAUAUAUUACUAAAAAAUUACAUUUCUUAUUAAAUGACCUGAAUGUUAGAAUCCCACGAGGCAAUUUCAUGUACUUCUCAGGUGUACCUAACUUUUAAAAUCCUGCUUAAUUAUGAGCGGUUUAGAAUUCCCUUUGACUAUAAAAAUUGGAAAACGAAAAGGGGACUUCUAGAAUCCGAAUUCUAAAUACCGAUAAUAUUAAUUUUCUAGAGAUUGUUUAAAAUACCUGCUAUAUCUAUAACGUGUACAUCAC